UUCCACUUCUGAAGAUGAAAUUUCACACCAUCAGUCCCGCCUUGUUGAGGGACCGAUUGAUGUCGGGCUGACGUUGCCUCUCGCGAUGCUUUGCGUAGGAGGGGAGUGUCAGAUUCCACGGACAAGAGAGGAUAGAGGGAGAGAGGGGCGCUGAGUUACAUUGCAAGCUCUUCGCAAAAAUGGGGGACGACAGACCUUUUGUGUGCAAUGCUCCUGGCUGCGGGCAGAGAUUCACCAAUGAGGACCACUUGGCUGUGCACAAGCACAAACAUGAGAUGACUCUGAAGUUUGGCCCAGCGAGGACCGACUCUGUCAUCAUAGCAGACCAGACACCGACUCCCACACGCUUCCUGAAGAACUGCGAGGAGGUCGGUCUCUUCAAUGAGCUGGCCAGCUCCUUCGAGCAGGAGUUCCGCAAGGCCCAGGAGGACGACGACAAGCGGGCCAAGAACCCGGCACUCUCCUCUGCCAGCACGGGGGUCCUGGACAUGAGCCUGCAGACGCCCUCCGAAGUGAAGGUGAAGGAGGAGGAGCCUGUGGAGGUGGACUCGUCCCCUCCUGGCAGCCCAGAGUCCAUCUCCAGCAGGUCGGACAGCGAAAAUGAGUACGUGGGGAGACCAAAGGACACUCCCCCCAGACCUCCGGUGAGUGCCGCCCCGACCCCCACCAUCGUGCGGCCGGGCUCGCUGCCCUUGCACCUGGGCUACGACGCGCUGCACCCCACCAUGCCCUCGCCCACCUCCGUCAUCACGCAGGCCCCGCCAUCCAACCGCCAGCUCGGGUCUCCGACUGGUCCAUAUCCGAUGAUGAUGCUUCCCAAUGGCCAGACAGUGCCCGUGUUGCCUGGGCCGAUGCAGAUGCCCUCAGUAAUAUCUCUGGCGAGACCUCUGAUGGUGCCCAACAUUCCUGGCAUCCCUGGACCUCCACUAGGGGGCAGCAGCAGCGGCUCAUCCUCACCGUCAGGCUACAACCCCCAUUCUGAGGCCAAGAUGAGGCUGAAGGCUGCCCUGUCCCAGCAGACAGCCACAGCACAGAGCUGCGGCCGGGUGUCCAGCCCCAUGGUGCCCCAGCGGAUGGAGCAGAGUCAGCUGCUGGUUCAGCAACCAGACGCCCCGUCCCCUGCACAGCCACAGGUAUCUCCCGCUCAACCCACGGGGGGCCGUAGGCGGCGGGCGGCGGACGACGACCCUGACGAGCGGCGGCAGCGCUUCCUGGAGCGGAACCGGGCGGCAGCCUCGCGCUGCAGGCAGAAGCGCAAGGUCUGGGUCAACUCCCUGGAGAAGAAGGCUGAGGAGCUCACCUCUCUCAAUGUGUCUCUGUCGAAUGAGGUGACCCUCUUACGGAACGAAGUGGCCCAUCUGAAGCAGCUGCUGCUGGCCCACAAGGACUGCCCUGUGACCACCCUACAGAAGAAGAACGCCUACCUGGGAGACGAGACCAUGAAAGACGUGUCGGAGCCCGUGGGCUCCCCGGCCGCAGUCAUCCAGCACAGCUCGUUGGCCCCGAGCCCCUCCUCGGCGGGCCCCAACGGGCUGAGCGCACGGGCGGCGGCCGAGGCGGUGGCCAUGUCGGUGCUGGCGGGCAUGGGCAGCCACCGGGGCGAGCAGGGCCACGGUGCCGGCGGGCCCUCUCACGUCAUCAUGGCCACACAGUCCCAGCCCUCCACCAGAUGAUGAGCGCAGCCCAGCGGGUACGGGACUCCAACCCCCCCAACCCCCCCCCCCAACGCCCCACACGCACCACCCCCGCUAGAAAGAGAUGGAAGCAAAGAGAGAGAGGGAGGGAUGAGGAAGGAGUCUCUACUCUUCGUUCUUCUGUUCUCUUCUUUCCUCCACCCUCUGACCCUCCUCCUCCUCCUCCUCCUCCUCCUCCUCCUCCUCCUCCUCCUCCUCAUCUUGAGCCGAGGAACUAGUCAGCCAUUUGAGAACAGACUGGGACUGAGAGUGAGUGAGCGAGCGAGACUGCGUGCUCCCUGUUCACUAUGCCAUAGACUACAGGGGCUGGACUCCAAACCUCCCCACUUUUACCCUAUAUUACUCAGCCCGUCCCCCUUUCCCCCCCCCCACAACCCAGUCUUCACCAGAUCCCAGUGACCAGUCACUUGUCCCUCCACACCUGCAUCUUCACUGGACUGUAGGCCUGCAGUGUCACUGUCGCGAGUGUCGCUGUCAUUGUGAUGAUUGCUGCACCGGUUUGGACAUUUUACUUCUCACUUGUGACCUUUUCCUCCUUCACACAGCCAUAUGCACAUACAUCAGAACACCCUCAACUGCUGUGUUUGGUAGUUGGUGUGCGGUCCAGUGAUUGACGUGACACAGCUCAUAUGUUUUGAUAUAUUUGUUUGAUUUCGUUUCUGUUUCCCUGACACAUAAACACAGCCUGGGCCAGGUUAACAUGUCAACAUGCCUUGCACACUCACUCACUCACUCACCCAUUCAUUCAUUCAUUCAUUCAUUCAUUCAUUCAUUCAGUCAGUCAGUCAGCCAGUCAGUCAUUUACAUGGUGACUCUUUCAUUAAUCCAUUUGUUUAGUCACAGAGAUUUCUGUGUCUCAAGAUUGGUACCAAAACAAUGCAAUAUUUAUAAUGUCUUUUUUAUGGAGAACUCAAACAAAACACUUUAUGUAUUUGAAAUCCAGGUUAACAAGUUGGUCCCCUUAAAUUGUUUUUCUCAAAAUGGGCUUCAUUUAAAGGCGACCAAGCACCCUCCCCUCUAUGCCCUUAGUGGAAUGUUUUACACACGUUGCACAUGCAUGAGUGGCUAACGUGAGUGACGGUUGUGUGUGUGUGUGUGUGUGUGUGUGUGUGUGUGUGUGUGCGUGCGCUGCUAAACAUGAAAGGCAGUGUGAUGAUGAUGAUUACAAGGCCUCUUACACUAAUGUACUGUUUUUCGUAGCAUGCAGCUUCAAGCAGUUUUCAUUGUCCAGUUGCUCUUGGCACAUCAUGUCCGCUCAUGGUCCAGUUCUGAUCUUCUGGCAUAUCUGUGAAAAGCCUUGAUGACUUUCAGAGGUGGUCAAGGGAAAAGGGGAACAUGCAGAACCCUAAGCAACUAAAAAAAGGCUUUACAUUUUUGUGAUGUUAUGCACCAUUUAUCAUGGAAUGAAUGCCACCUUCUCCGUGCCUGCCCCCGUCUCCUAUGCACUGGGUCUGCGUUGUUCCCUCUGGGUUGAUUUUGAAAUGGUCAGACUUCUGGAAUGCGUCUUUUGUCAGAACCACAAGUGGUGGAUUGACGGCUCAUUUGUGGCCUGGUUUAAAGUGUUUCGAUUGCAGUCUUCCCAGUUUCCUACAGGGAUGCAUUUUGCUCAGCAUUCAGCUGGACGGUGCGGUGGCCACUGCCCCUUCCCCUCCCUCCCCCACUGCCUCUCUGUGUCUCCAUGUCCCUUUGCCCUGUGAUAGCAGCCUAUUUAUUUAUUUGUGCCGUUUUGAUGUCUGGUUUUAAAAUGGUUCAGAGGCUGUGUGCAGUCUACUGGCGUUUUAACAUAAAAAAAUUCUUCUCCUUUUACAUUUUUGUUUCUCCUUCCUCCUCCUCGUCUUCUUCUCCUGUCCACUCUUUGUCCAUUGUUGUGUCCUGUGUGCUUGUUGCUGCUCUUUUGUCCUCUCGUGUCACUCUCCUGAAAAAGAAGCCAUGGCAGUCUCCAGCGCCUGUGCAAGCCUGUCACGCUGUCCCUAGUGUUAGGCCAUCCAGAGCAGAACAACCAGACUGUUGAAGAACCUUCCCUUUCUGACUUUAUAGUUAACACCAUCCAUGGUCCUAAUAAAACAGAUGCACAUACACACACUCACAUACCCAGGAACAGACACCACCUUAAAAAUGCUCCACAAUAAUCAAGCAAACAGAUUCUGCCUUAAGAAUCACACUAGUGCCUCAGACACCCAAACCCAGGUCUGGGUAGUUUGCAUGCAGCUACCCUGGGAAGAAAGGAGAUCACCAUUGUCUUGAUCUGGCUGUCUGCCCAUUGUGAAGAGGCAUCCAUCAGGAAUCGAGAAAAGCUUUAUAUUUGUAUUAGAUGUACUAAAUCAUUGAUGCCUUCUCAACAUAUACAAUUUGGAAAGAAAGCUCUGAAAGUGAUGGUCAUGUUUCACUUUUAUGUGUUCUCCCUUUCCCCUUUUCAUUUGGUCGUGAGACCUCUAGGUUGCCUCCUAGGCGAUGCUGGGUGCAACUGCACCUUCAUAGAAUGGCGAGAUGGAGUCACUGUAGUUUUUUUCCUGUGAUGGACUGUGGCGGUGUUUUAGUAGUUUCUCUAACACAAUGUUGGCAUAUCUCCCCCUAUCCUGUUUAACAUAAUGUGAUAUGUUAGUAACCUUAGGAAAGGAAGUGAUGCCGGAACUAAACAAGGGAUUAACAGAUGACUUCUUUUGUUCUUUUGCUCCUUCUUUGUACAUAAACAUGGAUCUUCCCUUCUCAUGUAUUGUAUUGCAGUGUAUAAUACUGCAAAUAAAUUGAGGUUAUCAGUCCAAAACAUAAGGGCAUGUCUAAAUGCACUAACGAACGAGAUGCAGGUUUAUUGUUGACUUUUAUAUUGUUCUUCCUUUUGAAUUGAUCAUUUAUCCAUGCUUUGGUGUAUCCUGAUUUUAUAGGUUCUCCCUCAGCGACAUCACACAUUUGUGACAUCUUUGUCUCACGUUUAUAUGUAUGUGUAUACAUAUUAUGAUUGCUCAGCAACUACUUGACACAUAUCUCAUAAAUUACUUUUAAGUUCUUGUCCUACAGUCCCAAUGGUGACCCUUGCAUUGUGUUGUACUUUAUACCGAUGCUAUAUAUUGUCGGUAGUCCCUUUUAUAGACGAAUGUUGAUCAUGAAAUGGGAAGAAGACUCUUAUUCAGUUUUUCAUACUAGUAAUUGUCAUUGGCACUUUUUUCCAAGAACCUGUUUCUCUUCAUUGCGUGCUAUUGUCAGGACUAUAGAAAUCCCUGUCAUAAGAAAUGCUUCUCUAUCUUUUGUGUUGUAAUAAUGAAAUGUAGAUAGAUUUUUUUGUUCUCUCUUUCCUUUGUUCAUAUUUAGUUAUUUUGUGUGUUUGUUUUUCAGCAAGGCAGGUCUUUACAUUUUCAAAGAAAUUUUAAGGGGAAGUCUGGAGAGAUGUCUUAGAACCAGUCAGCUCCCACUUGUAACCGAUCAUCACGGUUAGCUUAUGCAGAAUCUCAUUCUACCAGAGCUUAUCUCUAUCAUUCUAAUGGGAUGCAGAGUAAUUAAUUUAUUUUGGAUUUUGUUUUCAUGGAUUUCCCUCAAAUGUUUGGAAUUAUGAACAACAUGUACUGGUAGACGCUCUGAACGCAGUAAUGCCUAGUUUUAGGGGGGUGGGGUGGGAUGAACAAUAAGGAAAAUAUGUUUUAAAACGUUAUUCUUAAUGUCAAUCUCUUCUGGGUUAAAUUUACACUCCCGUUUUGUUGGACUGGUGAUUUUAGAAAAAUGUUCAUGUAUUGUACAUAUGUGUACCAUAUAUAAAUAUAUAUUUACUUUUUCAUGCAUGUUGAAGUGGAAUACUAUGAACACUUACCGUGCUGCAGUUUUAAUUAAAGAAAAGCAACUUAAUAGAAUCCCAAAGUGUUUGAAUUUCAUGUUUUCAAGUCCUCUCUGUUACAGACUAUCUCAUUAGAUCGUAGUAUGUGUAGCUGAGUGUUGGUGCAUGUGUUACUGUAUGGGAAAAUGUGUCAAAACUGCCAAGCAUCGAAAAGCAAUAAAAAGUAGUCAUAUCUGUUGUCUGAACCCAUAAA